AUUGUAGUUGCAGAUGAAAUGAUGGCUUACAAAGUCUCGGCCUGAAGUCCAUGCACAUCAUUUCCCCCUACACCCCCUUCUCCCGUGCGGGUAGAUGGGAUUCUUCUACAAAUCUUGUUUGCUGUGAAUUUCAUGUACUUCUCCCUCACUGCAGAUAUCCCAACGUGGCUCCACGUAGACAGUCAAUCAGGUGUUGAAUAGGUUCUAUUCUCUGUGAUUAGUGUUGUAUUGUCCAGCACUCCAAGACCACAACAGGAGGAAACUUGCUCAUUUCCCCUUUUUCUUGUUCUCUCUUCAGCCCAACUAUGUCUGGAUACCGUUCCCGCUUCCUUUCCAGAAAACCUUUCUCUGAACCUCUUAACUCUAUCCAGAAAUCACUUCAUCCUCGCGUCACCUCAACCCUAACAAGCCAGAGACAGCACUAUCACACGUGGCGCAUAGCUCUCGGCCACCACCUCGCCCCCUGGUCUUACCUAUUGUGUCGAGGACAAGAUCUUGUCUUUCCCGUUAUUAACGGCAAUUUUAUAGUCGAGAAACCUUUAUAUAUGACUGACCUGUCGCACUGGACUUCCUCUUCUGCAUCAACACAGACAUCUUGUCCAGUAACACCACCUGACUCUGCUCUCCUUUUCUUCAGAGAGCAUCGAUACUAAGCACACAAAUACAUCUUCCCUUACAAAAAAAACCAUGGACGCUCCCAACAACACUUCUCAAUCUCAGGACCCCCAAGUCGAUGUCCCUAAGGAGAACAGUCCUCCUCCAGCCUACACACCACGAAGAGUUCCUGUCACUGAUUUCACUGCCAUGAUGGCCAGAAUCAUUCAAGAGAGGCGGGAUGCUCUCCCUAACAUGGGUGGAAAUAACCCACGCCCUCAGCCCCAACAAACCACCUGCACUUCCCUGCUUUCUGAUACUGUGGAUGAUGACCAAGACGAGACAUCCGAGGGAAGCUCACCCAUCAGCCUCAAAAUUGACACAUCUGUCAAUGUGUCACGAAACAACAACAUCGUGUGCCUGACAGCCACUCCUGCGGAACAGGCCAAUGCCAUCGCCAAAGCCGUCGUGCAAGCUUUACACGAGGGAAGCUCUGGCCGUUGCGGCAUUCCAAUGAUUGACGAGUCCGGCUGCCCUCGACCCUUGAGUAUCCAGGUCGAUGCGGGCCUGAAUGUUGAGGGAACAGGUAAUGUCAUUGGAAGUCGAGAUGUUCUUGGAGGUCUCAUCCAGAAACGUGCUGGAUCUUCACUUCGACUUGACCUGGAUGAUGAGGAAGACUUGGCCCCUACUAAGAGACGGCGAACAAGUCAUUAAAUGGAGAAUACCAUGUCACAUCUCUGGAAAGGGUUGAAUUCGGAGGUUGCUGGGUAAUCACGGGAAAACAUUUCCAACGAUCCUGGUGAAGGUCUAUUUUACUUAGACUUCUCUCGUGGGAUGUCGAAUUGAGAACAGCAAUGCUGAGAAGGAGAUGAACGGCCUUUUUAUGAUUAGAGAUGAAAGGCAUGGGGUUUAGGAGUUUAUUCAUUCUUUUCUUUCUUCCUUGGCCAGCCGGAACCUGAAGGUUGGUGAUAUUCAUGUAACACAGCGGAAUUAAUUACUGAUUUAAGAAGAGAACCAUUGCUUUGUCUCAGCCACAGAUGAAAUGAUAAUUAAUUAACUGUGUUACCAAAAAAAGGUGACUUAUUGUUUACGGGAUCUUUGGGAUCUUUGGGAUCUUUCUGUCAGGCGAAUAUCUACAGUGCCGCCUGUAUGUGUGAGAGAGUAUUCUUGGGAUGCGAAUAAUCGACAGAAGAUACUCCUAACUUGUGAUAUGAAGUGAUAUACAAAUACAAUUGGAGU